GUAUGCGCCUCAGGAAUACAUACACAAAUCACGACUGGCUCGAGACAGUCCACCCCUGUAGCACAGUAUGUCCAAGUAGUUUAGUCAGUGUUGUAAGUUGUAUAUGUCAUUUUAUAUUAUUCCAGCCCGCGGUAGGUUACUGUAUGUUAGUUUUAACAGCUGUAGCUAGCUGUUAGCGUGCUAAAGAACGUGCUAACUCGGCUUGCUGGCUAACGUUAGCACUGCGCAGGUGACUAGAGUUUAAGCUAACUGACUGACAGAGGACACAGUCAUGGCUUACACGCAGAUACUGAAAGCUCUGCACCGGAGUCUAAAACAAACAGCGACACAGUACUGUGUGCAGCAAUGCAAGCUCACUCAGGUCAGUGUGCUGGUCCACACACAGAGGACAGUGUCAACAGUGUCGAGACUGACCUUCCACAGAAGAGCCGAGGCUACUUCGUGUGUCACACCAGGACUGAGCUGCUUCAUCCAGGCUCACAGGCUGAGGGGGAUUUCUCUGGACUCUACGGCCAGAAGUCAAAGCAGCCCCGAGGACAGAGACAGGUCGGUGUCCAGGUACCAGAGUGGGAGCCUAAAGCCUUCAGCUGCACAGAAAGUGAAAGAAGCCGGCAGAGACUUCACCUACUUGAUAGUUAUACUUGUCGGGCUUGGAGUGACAGGUGGGCUGUUAUACGUGGUGUUUCAGGAGCUGUUUUCUUCCUCGAGUCCAAAUAAAGUCUAUGGCAAAGCCUUCAACAAGGUCAAGUUAGACCCAGAGGUAAUUGGUGCAUUUGGGGAGCCAAUCAAGUGCUAUGGGGAGGUUACCCGUCGAGGAAGGAGGCAGCAUAUCAGUCAUCUGGAGUACCUGAAGGACGGACUGAAGCACAUGAGACUUAAGUUUUACAUUGAAGGCUCUGAGCCCGGCCUCAAAGGAACUGUACACUCAGAGUCAAAAGAGAAUCCUGAAACUGGAAAAUAUGAGUUUCGCUACAUAUUUGUGGAAAUGGACACCUACCCAAGACGAACCAUCAUUGUGGAAGAUAACCGAUAAGAAAUGACUCAGGAGUAUAUCUUCUCUGGAAAAUCAUUGUGAAAAUGAGACGUGUGUUUGUGUCACUGGACAAAUAGCUGCCAAUUUACUGUAAAUAUAAGUUUAAUUUACUAUAAAAAGCUGUUAUGUUCAACAUCAACAGUUUGGGCUGUUUUAAACUUGGCCGCAACAACAGAGCAACGGGUGAAAAGCUUUGCAGAGUACAGGUUCUUGCACAGAAAAUAAUCAUUGACUCUUAUGUGUUAUUGUUUUAUAAAUAAUACACAUGUGCUACAAGUCGUUUUUUAAAUGAAAUACCACAGGAUGGACUACAUUUUUGAAUAAACUGCAAUCAGAGAUGCUUAAGUUGUAAUAAAAAAUGUUUGUACAUGAACAGACAUGCAGUAAAAUACAGUACGGUUGUUUUAUUUCUUAUUUCAUUUCUAUUUUGUGUUAUUUUAACACAAUGUUCACCCUUAUUAGGUCAUUGUGUAAAUUACUAUGUAAAGUCUGUCAUUUGAAAGACCUUGAAAAUGUUGCAGGGUCCUUUUGUUCUGCUUAGAGCCAAGCUCACUCAGUCACUUUCUGUGUAUUUUGAAAGGUCUGUUUUCCUUUUAAAUUUCCAUAUUUAUUUUUAGUCUUUGUUUACUGCAUACUUCUGUAUUUGGUUAUCUUUUAGAUUGCAUUAUGAGACAAUGGCCACUAGAUGGAGGCAAAGAGUGGAGAGAUAGCAACAACCUGAUAUGACCUUUUAGAUUAUUUCAUAAUUUCUCAUCUAUUUACAUUGUUUAUGUGUUUGAGUUGGUAUUUUGCAUAGUUUUUCAACACAUUUUUUAAUGUACUCAGAGCUUGAAAAGUCGAUAAUAAUUGAACAUCUGAUUUUAAAUAAUGAACAAUUAGGUUACUCUUGACAUUAUUCAACUUCUUAUUGUGUUUUUUGACGCGAUGAUACACAUAUAUAGUGUGAAGACAUCAUUUAUGACAAUGAUCUGUAUUUGGUUUCAUUUUUACUCCUUUGACAUGCAAGCAUGUGCUGCCUUCAAUGACCCUCGGAAUUUCCUGAUUUAUGAAGGACUUUUAUGAAAUACCACAGCAAUAACCGAGGAAUAUCACUUUUUAAUCGCUUUUUUUGUGAUAACGCUGUUGCUGACACGUCAUAAGUAUUUUGAAUCAUUUGAUAAAUGUACUGUUUGUGGUACUUCUAGCGGCUAUACAUUUUUUUAAACAACUGUGAACCUACCUGAGAUGAACUUUCUCAUUUCCGCUAUCCUUUGGCAGAACAAAGUAGCUCCGGUGACAACGGUGACAAAACAAUUGGGAAAUACAUUUUAAGACGGCAACAACAACACUUCACCAUCAACACGAACCGAUUAAUUGGAAAUAUUACGUCGGUGUCGAGGGGGAGCAGCUUACGGGAAGCUCUAAAGGCAUCAGUGCUGUGAACACCGCCCACCAUUAAACCAAAGGCAGCAUUGAACGCACAGGGACGUGCUAAUGCAGUUAACGCUAGCUCAAACUCUGUAGGACUAGUUUAGUUGUUUAUUCAAUGUUAAGUUAACGAGUAGCCUGUCGAGUAACUAGCUAGUAACCUUGUAUAUAACACCAAGAAGCUGUGUCCAUGAGGCAGGUCAAAUUUCAGUUGUUUUCACCGCGGCGUGGGUAAAUAGUGAAGGGGCUGUUGUUGUUGUUGUGGCCUGCUACACGCUAAGCUAAGCUAAGCUAGCUGUAGCCUCAGCUGGUUCCUGGAGCUCUGCUCGUCACAUCUCCGAAACGACACGGGAAAUGACACACCUUUCCAGCUAACUAAGGCCGAGCUGUCGCUAUAUAGACAAGUUGUGGUUUUGGCCAGGGAUCAGCAAGUUCCCCAGCUAUGAGAGCCUCUACACACUAAUUGACAUCUCACAAAAAUGGAGCUGUACUGGUACAUAGUUGUAAUCAUAUUCAUCAUCAUCAAGAUAUUCUUCUAUGUGUGCUGGUACCGAUCAAGACAGAGGCAACUGGCAGCAUACUUAAGCAACCCACGCAAUGCUCAGAUAGUCAUUGUUGGAGGAAGGGCCUACCUCCAUCAGAUGUGUGAGAGACAGAGUCAAACGUCUGUCUGGCCUAGUUGGUAUGGCGUUCAGGAUGACCUGUCGAUAGAAGAGCCCUCCACAGCCCUGCCACCAGCUGCAUCCUUCUCCCACUUGGACAUGCCACCACCAUAUGAGGCAGUCUCUGGAGAGGAUGAUCUGAAGCCGCCUCCCUACAGCGAGUGUGCUAACGGCGAUGAGGCCGACGCUCCACGCCCCUCCCAUCAAGCUCCUCUCAUCUCAGAGGGAGGAGACAACAUUAGCGUAAACGAAGCCCCACCCCCCUACACACUCUCCCCCCCCACACAAGUCAGUCAGCAAGACGUCCCUGUGAGCCACAGUGAGUCCCAGUCAGAGAACAGGUCCACCUAAUCAAACCCCUGAUGCCAGUUUGCCUUUUCCAUGCACUGCCUUCCUAUAAUCAACCUCAGUGAUCGUUGCCAGCCUAACUCUCAUCACAUGAGAGCAGAUGUUUAUUUGGAUGUGUGUGUGCGUGUGUGUGUGUGUAUGCGUGUGUGUUUGGUGGUUUUUAGAUUCAAGUUGUUUUUCUACUUUGUAUUGUUUAAAAAAAAAAAAAGAAAGAAAAAGUGGUCAUCUGAUGAGUUUGGCAAUAACGGAUCACAUCAGCAAGCCUGUGUGCCUCAGUCAGGACCGCAGAACUGCCUCCCAGCUAGGACGGGGAUAAAAAACCCUUGACGGCUCCGUUCAAAGGGACACAGAUAGGCAGAGAGACAGAUUCUUUCAAGUGUUUCAUGAAGUUGUUUCCCUGCUGGAUGUCCGAGGCCACUUCCUUUCACAGAUCUAGACCAAGCAUGAUUGGGGAACUGAGCAGUUUUUAGUUCCUGCUGCUGUGAUGAAUAAUAUGUGGGACAUUACUGCGUCUGUGUGUGUCUAUAGACAUUGUUCUGAACACAGUAACUUAAUAGUGCAUGAGAGACAAUUCAUAGCGUAGACAGUCUAAUUAGAUUUCGGUGUACCUUGCUGCAAAGAUAUUAAAUAAAUCCUAAGUGUUCUGACUUCUGCAAACUGCUAUUACUCUCGACGCUUCAUUAAUACUGCACGUGUGUUAUUUGAAGUGUGUUGAUGGAGAAGUAUUUGAUAAUGAAUGUGCUAAUUGUCUUAAAUAAUUACCUCAUUAGCAUAACUGGUUAUGUUUAAUAUAUCACGGUGAUUAUACGGAGACAUUAGACGAUUCAAGUGCCUAUUACAUCUGUGAAUAGAAGUGAGCGAGGACAAGCGGAAGAAGUUGGUGACAUAAAUGAUUGCUUAAUGGCAGCAGACGAGAGAUUGUUCUCUGUUGAUGAUCACCUCCGCUGCCGGUUCUGUCUGUCGCUGCUUUACGUCAGCGCCUGUGUAAGAGAAAGCAGUAAUAACAUGAAUUGUGGUAUUUCUGUGUUUAAAAAGUUGUGGUUGGACAAAAAGUCGUCAGAUGUCUGAGGAAAAAUGUUGCUCUGUCCCUCAACAUGUAUGAAAACACAUUCAGUGUAAUUGUAGAUUCAGCUAUGAGAUAAUCAGAGCUUUUAGUACAUCAGAUGAAAAAUGUAUAACAAUCCAGAAAAACUACCCACAGGGCUGCGAGCUCAGGCUCAAAACAUUUUGGGCUGAAGGCUAAAAAGUCAUCGAAAAAUCUCAGUUUUUAAUAUUUUUUUUUCUCAUAAAUGUUGCAAAAUGAAGACUAACCAAAAAAUGUUUUAUAACAACUGCGUCUGUUCCUUGUAAUCAUCAUGUUAAUCUGCCGCAGGCAGACGUCAGCCGACUUUGUGUACUUCUUGUGUUAUUUUUGUUUUUGUUUUUCUGGUAUUGUAUUGCUUGGGGAAAGGUUGUUACUGUGCUUUUUGCUUUUUAUAUCACAGCAUUUUAGAUAAUCCGGAAAUAACACUGUAAGAAGAUGCUCCCAAAUGGUCCACCUCCUGUUUCUGUCUCAGCAGCAAUCUAUAAUCUGUGUACAGUUUCUGAACAUUCAAAGAAAAAUGUGAGCAAGAAAAACACAAAAUGUAUAAAUGUAUUUAGGGCCUUUGGGGACGGUGUAUAAAAGGGGAUCUUCUCGGAGAAUCGGACUUUAAAAAAUGUCACGUGUUUUACUGAUAAUCCUUCGUAUUGUGAUGACAAAUCGUGGAGCAUCGGUCACUGAUGCCUUAAAAGAAUCUCAACUGUGGUUUUAAAAUCUGAAGGAUGCGACAGUGAAGCUGCACGGUGCAAAUCCAAAUGUAGCUUUGAACUAUGAUGACAUCCCUAACAUAGCAGCAGCAGCGUGAUGAUGAUGAUCGACUUCCUGAACCAUAGUGUUACAGGUUCCCACUGUAAUGUACGUCCUGUUUGUUAACUUCAUGCUCAUUCCCACGGUGGUCGACAUAUCAGAUCUCUCCACUUAGUAGCUUGUUGAGUUGAGGGGAAUUGACUUUUGUGUUUUGAAUUGGCGGGAAAUCCGUGUUCUGUAUUAAACUGUUGUUCAUAAUUC